AUGGGCGUAGGGUUGCUCUCGAAGCCAGCAGACGUCGCGGCCAUCAACUACGACGACAUCCGCGUGGCUCCAUCAACCGAAGUCGCGCAAUGGUUUGACAGUUUAGGUCAUGACUACCACGAAUACGCCACAGCCACGUUGGAUCACGGGAUUGACGGACCCCUGCUCCGGUCGCUGAGCUCAAGCGACUUGCCCAUUUUGAUCGAGGCCCUGGGAGUCACGAAUCCCCUCCACGUUCGGCUCGUGGCCACGUUCUUCCACCAAUUCAAAUUCGCUCAACGCACUGCGGAGCGGCCCGAACCGUCGCCCGCGGAGCAGCACCAGCACCAGCACACGUUCAAACCAAAGGGAAUGCCGAUGGUAGCCAAGCACUACACGCCCUUCCGCAAGACCACGCUGGCCGUGCCUUCCCCGUCCAAGCAAAUUCAACACACCAAAACUAUUCGGUCCAAGUCGGAGGCGUUUAUCUCUGUCCCCGACGUGUGUAGCGACUACCAAGCCUACUUUUCGUACGUCGUUGGACCAGACGACAACGGCAAUCCCAUCAAGGACCGCGUCGGCGCCAUCCACGCAUUGUUGAUCGCCAAGGGUAUUGUAGUCUGGUUUGACUCUGAAAAAGCAGUGCCGUCGCCCAAGCUGAUCGACCAAGGCUUGCUACACGCGUCGGUGGUCAUAGUGUUUCUCACUCGAAGUUAUAUGAAUCAAGUCAACGGCGAUGGCGUCAUGGCGGCGAGUCAGUACGAAUUUACGAUGGCCCUUCGCCACCAAACCAUGAGCCACAUGCUGUUUUGCGUCCUGGAAGAGGACAUGAUGCGAUACGACAGUCUCACGGGAGAGUUUCGGGAGUUGGUCGGGGACGCGGCGUGCAUGGACUUUACCGACGACAGCUUCCUCGACGAAGCAUGCGACGAGCUUGUUGAGACCAUCAACCGCCUCGAUUCGACCAAAGACGACUUUGCCCAGCCCAACAACGUGGCGCGCUGGGGCGUGAGUGCGCUCAUCCGAUUCCUCAAGCAGCCCACGACGCCCCCCGACUUUAUCGACGAGAUCCUGCACGCAUUGGUGACCAUGUCGCUGCAAACUCGGCUCGCCGAGAAAAUGGUGACCAAAGGCAUGUUGCCGCUCGUGCUUAACAUGUUGAAAUUGCACCAACACAACUCGACCUCUGAACGAGGGUUGGAGCUGAUGUUGUUGCUACUCAAAGUCCUCGCGCGUACCAAUGCAGUCAGUCGACGCAAAACCAUCUCGUUGGUGCAAGAUAUGGCCCUGUUGCCCGUGUUCUUAGACCUGCUCAAGGAUGGACGAGGGGCGGCGAAAGAAAACGCGGCCGGUAUGCUCCGCAACAUCUUUGGAGCGGGGGAGCGCAUGAGCACGCUGCCCGACGUCACGACCAGCGAGCCGUUUAAGUCACUCGUGACAUUGCUCUUGUCCAUGUUUGUCCAAGGCAAUGUCAAUCAGCAAUACGAAGCCGCGUCGGCACUGAGCGCGUGCGCCGGGCAUCGGGACUUCCAGACGCUGAUCGUGCGCGCCAACGGCAUCCGCAUUUGCCUCGUCCAAAUCAUGAAGGUCGACAUCAACGAAUGUGUCCGAGAUCAUGUAGCGAUUAUCCUCCGGUGCUUGAGUGGCACCGAAGCCAACCAGCGGGAAAUCGGGUCCGAAGGGGGGGUCGAAGCGUUCUUGACGUUGCUUGAGACGGGCUCCACGGGCCAGCGAGAAACGAGCGCCGCGGCGUUGAAUUGGCUCAUGGAAGUAGAGGACAAUCGGUGCAUCCUUGCUGGCGACGGUGGUAUCCCAACGUUGCUCAAGUUUAUCAAAACAGGCACACUUUUCACCCGCCAACAAACGAUCAACGCACUGAGCAAAUUGGCCCCCCAUAACCUCUUUCACGCAGAAUUGGCUUCUGCCGGCGCCUUGGAGCCCUGCUUGGCGGUGUUGGACACUGGCGUGGACAGCCAAAAGACGGCCGCGGCGCAUGUGCUGGUCGCGAUUGCGUCCACGGACAAGGUCGAUGCCAUGGCCAAGGCCAUUCCGAUCAUGGUCAAGUUGUUUUACCGAGGGUCCACCGCCCAGAAACGUCUGGCGGUCGACGUCUUGUCCAAGCUCGGCCGGCGCAAGCAGUUCAAACAAAUUAUUCUCGGCAGUGGCAUUCCAGAAGACGUGUUGGCCCUUGGCUAG